CCGCGCGCUCGCCUCGGCGGCCCGGGAGGCGCCCGGCCGCCCCGCCACCAAGGUGUCCUGUGACGGCCCUUGAUCAGCAAGGCUGCAAAUCAUGUAGAAGCCUCAGUAACUGCACAGUCUCUGAUGGAUAAUUGGAUUGGGAUUAAUAUGUGGGAGGCUGUGAACUAUUUGCUUCCAACAUAGGAACAGCACUGGGUUGGCAAUCUCCACUCCUGAGAGAAUGCUGGGAAUCUGCAGAGGGCGACGGAAAUUCCUGGCUGCCUCUCUGACUGUCCUUUUUGUUCCAGCCAUUACCUGGAUUUAUCUGUUUGCUGGGAGUUUCGAAGAUGGGAAGCCAGUGUCACUCUCCCCGCUUGAAUCCCAGGCGCACAGUCCCCGGUACGCGGCGUCGAGCCAGCGGGAGCGCGAGAGCUUGGAAGUGCGGAUGCGCGAGGUGGAGGAGGAGAACCGGGCGCUGCGCAAGCAGCUCAGCCUGGUGCAGAGCCGCGGCCCCUCGCACCACCACGGCAACCACUCCAAAACCUACUCCAUGGAAGAGGGGACAGGGGACAGCGAGAGCCUGCGCGCUGGCAUCGUGGCAGGGAACAGCUCCGAGUGCGGGCAGCAACCGGCGGUGGAGAAGUGUGAGACCAUCCACGUUGCCAUUGUCUGUGCAGGGUACAAUGCCAGUCGGGAUGUUGUCACACUUGUCAAGUCCGUCUUAUUUCACAGGCGAAACCCACUCCACUUCCACCUCAUUGCAGAUGCAAUUGCCAAACAGAUCCUGGCAACUCUGUUCCAGACAUGGAUGGUCCCUGCUGUGCGCAUAGACUUCUACGAUGCAGAUGAGCUCAAGUCGGAAGUGUCUUGGAUCCCCAACAAACACUACUCUGGUAUUUACGGGCUGAUGAAGUUGGUUCUGACUAAGACGCUACCUUCCAAUCUUGAGCGAGUCAUUGUCCUCGACACAGACAUAACUUUUGCCACUGACAUUGCUGAGCUUUGGGCCGUCUUUCACAAGUUCAAAGGGCAGCAGGUUCUUGGCUUGGUGGAGAACCAAAGUGACUGGUAUCUGGGCAACCUUUGGAAGAAUCAUCGUCCCUGGCCAGCGCUUGGGAGGGGUUACAAUACAGGGGUUAUCCUGCUGCUUCUGGAUAAGCUACGGAAGAUGAAAUGGGAGCAGAUGUGGAGACUUACAGCAGAGAGGGAGUUAAUGAGCAUGCUGUCCACUUCACUGGCUGACCAGGAUAUCUUCAAUGCAGUCAUCAAACAAAAUCCCUUCCUUGUCUAUCAGCUUCCAUGUUUCUGGAAUGUGCAGCUAUCUGACCACACCCGUUCUGAGCAGUGCUACAGAGAUGUGUCUGAUCUGAAGGUGAUUCACUGGAACUCGCCAAAGAAGCUGAGAGUGAAAAACAAGCAUGUGGAGUUUUUCCGCAACCUCUACCUGACAUUUCUAGAAUAUGAUGGGAACUUGCUGAGACGGGAACUCUUUGGCUGCCCCAGUGAGACAGACGUUAACAGUGAAAAUCUCCAGAAACAACUGUCUGAGCUGGAUGAGGAUGAUUUGUGCUACGAAUUUCGACGAGAACGGUUCACCGUCCAUCGCACUCAUUUGUAUUUUCUACAUUACGAGUAUGAGCCUGCUUCAGACAACACUGAUGUAACGCUGGUGGCUCAGCUUUCAAUGGACAGGCUCCAGAUGCUUGAAGCCAUCUGCAAACACUGGGAAGGUCCAAUCAGCCUGGCCCUCUAUCUCUCUGAUGCAGAAGCUCAACAAUUCCUGCGCUAUGCCCAGGGCUCAGAAGUCCUCAUGAGCCGCCACAAUGUUGGAUACCACAUCGUGUACAAGGAGGGCCAGUUCUACCCCGUGAAUCUUCUGCGCAACGUGGCCAUGAAGCAUAUCAGCACCCCAUACAUGUUUCUUUCUGACAUUGACUUCUUGCCCAUGUAUGGACUCUAUGAGUACCUCAGGAAGUCCGUCAUUCAGUUAGACUUGGCCAACACCAAGAAAGCUCUGAUCGUUCCUGCCUUUGAGACUCUACGCUAUCGCCUCUCCUUCCCCAAGUCAAAAGCAGAGCUGCUUUCUAUGUUGGACAUGGGAACUCUCUUCACAUUCAGGUAUCACGUCUGGACAAAAGGGCACGCGCCAACGAACUUUGCCAAGUGGCGCACAGCCACCACCCCGUACCGCGUCGAGUGGGAAGCAGACUUCGAGCCAUACGUCGUCGUGAGGAAGGACUGCCCUGAGUACGACAGGCGGUUUGUUGGAUUUGGCUGGAACAAAGUGGCUCACAUCAUGGAGCUGGAUGCACAGGAGUACGAGUUCACAGUGCUGCCCAAUGCCUACAUGAUCCACAUGCCGCAUGCCCCCAGCUUUGACAUCACCAAGUUUCGCUCCAACAAGCAAUACCGCAUCUGUCUCAAGACCCUGAAGGAGGAAUUUCAACAGGAUAUGUCACGGCACUACGGCUUUGCAGCUCUCAAAUAUCUCACGGCAGAGAACAACAGCUAGCACAACAGAGCCCAUUUAUGGGAAUCAAAGACACCGAAGGGAGGAGCCACUUUGUGUUUGAAGACCAGUCUUCAAACUUUGAACUGAGAAAUACUUUCUGUUUUUAUAUCAUACCGGGCAAUUCUAACAGUAGAGAUUGGAAGUGACAUGUCUUCAGACUAUGCUCAUUAGCCCCUUCCCUGAUUUCCCUGGGCCUUUUAGCUUUAGCAUUCGUGAGAUGUGAAUGAGAGAGGCCAGCCACGAUCCUGCUAUGCCACAGGAGAUGGGGAAUGGGAACGGGCUGGAAAUGCUGUUCUCUUAACUGCAAAGACAAGUCUUCAGAAUAUAGGAUUUCAUGUUGCUAUUUAAUAAUUUGACAUGCUUUUUAUCUGUAAAGGAAGAUCUUCGGGUCGCUGUCCUGUGAAUUUCACAUCUGCACUGCUCCAAAAGGAACUUUCACCUGUGAACUUUUGCAGUGGCCCCGUKAACAUGGAUGACCUUGUUAAAGCAGGAUGAGCCAAAAGUCUGAAUUAGCCUUGAAACUUGAGGGGACGCUUAUACAAUACUGCACUGUAGAGAAGGUGUGUUACUGGUUUAGGUGUGUACAUGAUAUCUGUUGGUCUUUUAUGCUCAAAUUAAUUCUGUUUUAUCAGGAAAAUCCUCUAUGCCCUACCUGGCCAUUUCCCCAUCCUAAAUGCCAUUCCUUUCCUUGCCAAGGAAAUGUCACCCUUGUGUUCUUUUCCAUCUUCAGUUCUAGUAGUCCAGUAAAGGAGAACAAUAGUUAUGCCAGAAUGUGAACAAAACUUGUUAGCAUAAGGUCUKUUUUCACCUAAGCAACUUGUUCAUGUGUGUCUUUUAAAAUAAAAGGCCUGGUUGUAACUCUUUUAUCUUUUUUAGGCAAGAAUUGGAUUUUCCAUAGAAGACAUUUUGUAAAAUUCUCCUGUAGAUGCUUUCAGUGCAUGUCCAUCCGUGAAGGCCUCAGGCCUUGGGAUUUAAGUGGACUUCUUUGCUGAACAGGGAAUAUAAACAUGGCAAGUAGUAGCCUGGGUGCUGUCCUGCCUGCGACAAGGUCUCAGAACUACUUCGUUAAAGGAGUUUAUAAAUAAAAGGAGCAGAACUGCUAAGAAAAAACUCCCCAUUCGAGGGUGAGAAGAGAAUGUUUUGGGAAUCUGAGUGUGAAUGUUUGCUUGAAUGUGCAAUGGUCAAGUUCACAACAUCGAUAUACACAGGAGUAUUCUGGAGGGUGGACAGGAAACCUAACAAGCAAAACACAGAAAACAAGACACUGGACUUUUUACCAUUUUCUUUAUUCUUCAAUAUUAAUGUUGUGUUUACAUUGGAUAAGGAGAUGAUGGUUUAAUGCACUACCCCGUUCAGGGAUACUUGUAAUUUCUGUUGCAAUGUUAAUAGAGAAAGCAGAAAUGACUCAAUGAGAAACGUGUCUCUCUCCCUACCCCAGACCCUCGCACAGACCGUACUUGCCAAUACCACUGACUUGGCUGUUAAAUGAAUCCAUGUUGCAUUCUGCUCCAUUUAUUUAUUCCAUUUUGUUUUUCAGCCACUAGAUCUUCUAUUUUCUCUCCACCUCAUCCCUCUAGAGCUUGGUUUUAUUUCUAACCUGACAUUUUGCCAGCGCUUUCUGUUACAGUGGAAACCACGCAGUUAAGCGAGUCAUUUAAACUCCAAAUAUCAGUUCAUCAUGCUGUGCAUAUAUAAGAAAAGCCAAAAAAGGCAACAUCUUUGACAGGAAAUAAAAAGGGGUGGGAAACUAUGUGUAAUUGUUACAUUUUCCCCUGUGAAUUUUGGCUAUAUUUGAAUAUAUCACUGCAUAAUUUUCCAAAGUACUUUUAUUCUGUUCUUAAUGGUUUCAUUUAAAGAUUUGCAUAAAAAACUGUGAAGGGCUGUGAAGAAGUGAAAUGACUGCUCAGUCCUGACUAGGUUAUAUUAAAUUAAAAAAAAAGAAGAAGAAGAAGAAACAAAAGCAAAAUCUUAACUCCCCAGAUCCCAUUAUCACUCCCUGUUAAGAGCCCAAGUUGGUGUAACUGUUGCAAAUGAGAAAAACUCUGCAGYACAAAGUCCUGUUGAUCGUAUAAUGUGAAGGAAGAGAUCAAAAGCUUAUCCUAAAAGGGACUGAACACCGGCUGUACCCACAUAAAAGCUUCAGUGCAACCACCGCUAAGUAUUAGAUAUACAUAAAACUUUCAUUUCCACAUGUACUUCUGUCCUUGGUUUAACAGUGUUGGCCAGAGAUGGGGGAGCUUGCCCUGCAACAGCUUAACCUGUAGCACGGACAUGUACAUCACUGAGGUGUAUCUUUACCAACACUAACCUUAUCCUCUCCUCGAUGCUCAUGGGAUGGGGACGGGGGAGCAGGGAAGUAUUUAUUUGCUUCUUUCCUGUAUGUGCAACAAGUUUGGGGACCUCCCAAAUGAUAGGCUUAGGUGGGCUGACUGGUUUAACCAGCUCAAAGGUUGCUAGUAAUUUCAAGAAGCCUCUUCUUUUCAUUAUAGACACCGUGUGACUUGUAUCUGUCAUGUCAUGUUUGUCUACRUGCUUCAUAAUUUGAGAGGAACAGGGGAUGGUUUUUAGUACCAAUUUCAGUCAAAGCAAAUUAGAUUUACUUGCCUGUCUCUAACUGCCAGGACUCCUGCAACACCAUGAAAAAAGAAAUAGAAAUAGCAAAAAUCUAACCCAGUUGCAACCCUGACUGUCUUCCA